AUGCCUCAAAAUGAGUACAUGGAACGAUUCACCAAGCAGCAUGGUCGGCGCCUGGAUCAUGAGGAGCGCACGCGCAAGCGCGAGGCCAGAAAGGGCCACGACGCCAGCGAGAAGGCGCAGAACCUGAGGGGCCUGGCCGCGAAGCAGUACGCCCAGAAGCGCCACAAGGAGAAGAUCCAGAUGCGCAAGCAGAUCAAGGCCAUGGAGGAGAAGAACGUCCAGUCCGCCUCCGACAAGGACCCCUCCACGCCCCUGCCCAACUACCUGCUCGACCGAAACUCGAACGAGGCCAAGAGCUUGUCCAGCGCCAUCAAGAACAGACGGUCCGAGAAGGCGGCGCGCUUCGCUGUGCCCCUGCCCAAAGUUCGAGGAAUCGCCGACGAGGAAACUUUCAAGGUCAUUCAUACCGGCAAGAAGGCCACCAAGUCCUGGAAGAGGAUGAUCACAAAGCCGACCUUUGUCGGACCCGACUUUACGCGCAGACCUGUCAAGUACGAGCGGUUCAUCAGACCGAUGGGCUUACGUUACAAGCGAUGUCACACGACUCAUCCAGAACUCAACGUAACAGUACAACUCAAGAUCCUUUCGGUCAAGAAAAGUCCGCAGCAGCCUCUCCAUACUCAGUUAGGCGUCCUCACGAAAGGUACUGUCCUGGAGGUAGACGUGUCGGAUCUCGGCUUAACGACAGCUGGAGGAAAGGUAGUGUGGGGUCGGUAUGCCCAAAUCACAAACAACCCGGAGAUGGACGGCUGCGUCAACGCCGUUCUGCUUGUAUAG